UGAAAUUUACGCUUUAUUUCUUUUUUUUUUUGGGAAGUAAAAUUAAUUAUUGUGUUAAAGGACUUUAAUUCAACAACAUGUCGUUGCUGAUGUGGCGUUUAACCUGGCCACUUGUUAUAGCCAUUAUGCUGUUUGUGGUCAAUGUCAAAGCCAUCGAUUUAAGUCGUCUGUACGGUCACAAUAUGGUGCAGAAAAGAAGUGAAGCCUGUCAUCCUUAUGAACCAUUUAAAUGUCCUGGUGAUGGCAACUGUAUAUCAAUACAAUAUUUGUGUGAUGGUGCACCUGAUUGUUCGGAUGGCUAUGAUGAGGAUGCAAGACUGUGUACAGCAGCCAAACGACCACCUGUUGAAGAAACCGCCUCAUUCCUGCAAAGUCUCUUGGCCUCACAUGGUCCCAACUACUUGGAAAAACUAUUCGGUAGCAAGGCUCGUGAUGCUCUCUCACCCCUGGGUGGUGUGGAAAAGGUUGCCAUUGCUUUAAGUGAAUCUCAGACUAUAGAGGACUUUGGAGCAGCACUACAUUUAAUGCGCUCCGAUUUGGAACAUUUACGUUCGGUAUUCAUGGCGGUGGAGAACGGUGAUUUGGGCAUGUUGAAAUCGUUGGGCAUCAAAGACUCCGAACUGGGCGAUGUGAAGUUCUUUUUGGAGAAAUUAGUCAAUACCGGUUUCUUAGAUUGAGUAGCGCCAGAUCCGGCUUCUGGAUUUUAUUAUGCACAUUCUCUGCCCAUCAAUCCCAGUUUCUAUUCAUAUUUAGGCACUCCCUACGAAAACUACUACUAAACGGAGUGAAUAAAUAUGAAUGGCAACACAAAACCUUCAAACAUUAACCCAACAUUAGCAAUAUUAUGAAGAAAAUUAUGAU